CAGUACAUAUACCCAUAUCUAUGCACCUAUCACCAUCGACAGCAGUUCCUCGGAUCUUGAGGAAGUAGAGAAACUGCCAGAGAAAGACAGUGAUGGACAUGAUGGGCUGACGGCUGCAGACAUAGUGUCAAAUCUGGCACAUAAUCUUAACAAAACAUCCUGUAGCAGAUUUAACAUUAACCGGGCGAAUGUCUGGGAUGGUGCCUUAAGAGGUUUCAGGCGAUCCUCAUUUGACCCCACCUGCAGCUUGAUGGUGAAAUUCACAGAUGAUGCUGGGCUGAUGGAAGAGGCUUUGGACAGCAGGGGGCCUACUCGAGAAUUUCUGACUCUGUUGAUGGACACCAUCAAAACAAGGAGAGUAUUUGAAGGCAAAGACAAUGCCAAAUACCUCUCAUUUGAUAGUAAAGCUGCAGAAGACAAUGAAUAUUUCCACAUUGGAAGAAUGAUUGCAGUGUUCAUUGUCCAUGGCGGUCCAGGGCCUUUUUGUCUUUCCCCAAACUUCUUCCUUUACCUAAUUGGUAAAGUAAAGACAAUUGAGGCCCCAAUUGAAGACAUACCUGAUGAUGAGGUCAAGAAGGCCCUUCUUGAGGUAAUUUGUUAG